AUGAGCGACUACGGUAGAAAAGAGCCCUUUGACGAGAAGGCCUUGUCCUCCGAGGUUGACCUCGCGGUUAUUGACCCCGAUGCUGGGCUGAGCGAGGCUGAAAAGAAAGAAGCCGAGAAGAAGCUACUCCGAAAGAUUGAUAUGCAUCUAGUUCCUUGGCUAUGUCUUCUCUACCUUAUCUGCUUCCUCGACCGAACCAAUAUCGGCAACGCAAAAAUCGCCGGUCUACUCGAUGACAUACACAUGAACACUUCACAAUUCAAUGCAACCUUGACCAUCUUCUACAUUUCGUAUGCAAUUUUUGAGCCCCUGGCCAACGUGCUUCUGAAAUGGUCCAAGCCUUCAAUCUUUAUCCCUGCCAUCAUGGUUCUAUGGGGAGCAGCAAUGUUGGGUAUGGGAUUUGUGAAGAACUGGGAUGGCCUUAUGGCUGCUCGUUGGUUUCUUGGUGUUACAGAAGCCGGCCUCUUCCCCGGAAUCAACUACUACCUAUCCUGUUGGUAUAAGCGAUCCGAGUUUGGCGCCCGCGCUGCUUGGUUUUUCUCGGCUGCUGCUCUUGCUGGCUCCUUUGGUGGUCUCUUGGCCGCCGCUAUCCAGAAAAUGGAUGGCGUAUCUGGAAUUGCUGGUUGGGCUUGGAUCUUUAUCAUCGAAGGACUUCUCACCAUGAUCAUUGGUGUCGUCUCUUUCUGGACGGUCCACGACUUUCCCACACAAGCCAAGUUUCUGGACGAAAAGGAGCGAGCUCGUGUUAUUUACCGACUCACUGCCGAUAACCAGUCUUCGGCUAAGGACGAAAAGUUCAAGAUGAAGUACUUCUGGCAGUCAAUGACGGACUGGAAGACCUAUGUUGGCAUGCUUAUUUACAUGGGACCUUUGAUGCCCCUGUACUCCUUCAGUGUCUUCUUGCCCACCAUUAUCCAAAACAUGGCCUUCACCGACAAGAGGUCAGUUGUCAAGAACCAGCUUCUCAGUGUACCGCCCUACGCCUUGGCAGCUGUCGCCACUACCUUUGUCGGCAUCUACUCGGACAGGAUCAACAAGCGAGGGAUUUUUAAUCUGUGUGCGGCGCCCGUCGGAAUGGCAGGCUUCAUCAUGCUCAUUGCUUCGACGAACCCUGCGGUGCAAUACACUGGGUGCUUUUUGGGUGCCCUCGGUAUCUACCCCGUCAUCCCCAUUACCAUCAGCUGGGUCGCCAACAACGUUGAGGGUGUGUACAAGCGAGGUAUCACUCUCGGCUUUGUCAUAGGUUGGGGCAACCUCAACGGUGUGGUGAGCAGCAACGUCUUCUUCAACAACCCUCGUUUCUAUGAAGGUCACGGCACAGUUCUGGGAUACAUGUUUGGUGCUAUCUUCUGUGGCAGUCUGCUGAUGUAUGCCUUACUUGCCCGUGAGAACAAGAAACGGUUGGCUGGUGAGCGGGAUCACUUGGUAGAAGGCAAAUCUGCCGAAGAGAUCCACGAGAUGGGCGAUAAGCGACCCGAUUUCAUUUACACACUGUAA